AUGCGCAGAACCGAUCAGGCCAUUGACUCCAGCUGGACACCCAGACAUUUGACUGCUUUUGCAGACGAUUUCCAUUUGGGGGCGCAUCUUCGUAAGGUCACGGAUCUUGAUCGGGCACCUCGGCGUUUUGGUUGCUUCCUUAAUCAACUCAUUGAGUCCCAUCUUUUGGUCAAUGAAAAGAAGUCAGCCUUCCUGCUUCGCCUCACAAGAGGCUUUGCGCCCUCUUGGGUCAAGAGUCAUAUUCGGAAAGGCCCCGAGGGACGUGUGGUGCACUUCUGCACGCCUGCUGGACGGACAUUUGAUAUCCCUCUCAAGGAGGAACAUGUCUACUUGGGACUCACCAUUUCAUACUACCAGGCCGUGUCCUUAUCGGUUGAGCAUCGUAUUGCUGCCGCCUGGAGUGCCUGGACGAAGCUGCGACCACUUCUUACCUCUGCCUCUGCUCCGGCAUUAGACCUGAGGCUGCGUCUCUGGAGGGCGUGUCUGCCGCCUACGCUCCUGUAUGGUUUGCAUAUUCUUCCUCUCAAUGCCAAACAAUUGGGCAAGUUGCAGGCGGUUUACACCAAGCAACUGCGGGCGGUGUCGCGCUCUCAGUCGCAUCUUACUUUUGAGAGCACUCCGGCCCUUCAUACUCGAUUAGGAGUGCCUACUGUGUGUGACUCCCUUUUGCGUGCACUGGGGGGCCUUCGUGAGCGCACUGUGGUGGCGAUGGAAGUGGGGUUGGAGUCCACGCCCAUGGUUGAGGGGUGUGAUUUGUUGGCACGCGAUCUUCUCAUGCUUGUUGAUCCUGGCAAUCUGGCAACACUGAUGAUUGUCGUGGCCCCACUGCUAGGGAGACAUGCACCCCGGACGUGCCAGUUUCCGCCAGUUCUGGUGCGCCUGCUUUCACAUGCCCAGAGUGUGCUGCUGUAUUUGCGGACUUGCGCACCCUUCGUGUUCACCAAGCUGCGCACCAUCGCAACACUGUUGCCAAGCGUGCGCUUGGUGCGCCGAUUCACUCUGUAG